AUGGCAGCUCGCAGUGACAGCAUCGGUCCAGACAGCGUCCUGCAGGAAGAGCUUGAUGUCCUGAGAGCUAUCUACAUCCAUGAACUGACGAUUGACGAUGGUGAAAGUGGUCAGCCAUCAGUACUGCAUCUCAAUCUGCACCCUGCAACAGGGGACGAUGUCACCAAACAGUUCGUUUGCAUGACCCUUGUCUUCAAGCUCUCCGAAACUUAUCCAGAUGAAGUUCCAGAAAUCAUCAUCAAGAAUCCAAGAGGCCUUGCUGAAGAGGAAGUUCAGAGACUACAGGAGGACAUGCAUGACCUGGCUGAAGAAAGGACAGGUGGAGCCAUGUUGUAUGAACUUAUUGAGAUGGCCAAGGAGAUCCUGACGGAAGGCAAUAUCCCGAGGUGCCCUUGUGUUGUGUGCAUGGAGCACUUCCACGAGGGGGACAUGUUUACACGCACUGACUGCUACCACUACUUUCACAUGGCCUGUCUGGCCAGAUACGUGGAACACGCCCUCACACAAGAACCUGAUGUCAAGGUCAUGCAUCUCAACAACGAGCGCCCACAACCCAAGGUGGUGUGUCCUGUUUGUCGAGAUGAGAUAACCUUCGACCUUGAUGAGUUGAAGGAAGCCCCUGCAGCGGAUGCUGAUGCGGUCCAUUACACUCCCUCGUCUGCGAUGGUGCAGCUGCAGCGGGACAUGGCGGAUCUGUAUGCCAAGCAGAAGGCCAAGGGAGGAAUCAUUGACCUGGAGGCAGAGAAGAACAGAUUUCUCGUCAAUGAGGAAACAGUCGUAAACCUCAAAGUAGAAAAAGAAAAAACAGAUGAGAAUGAACACGAGAAGCAAGCCAAAGAUGCAGAUUCUAAGUCUGAAAUGACCAAAUCGGAUCAUCGACAUCGGCAAAAUGAUAGAAUUGUUGCAAAAUAUAAAGGCUAUCCAAGGAGAGAUAGACCAAAUAGUGGCUAUCAAGGCAGAAAGAGUCCAAACAGUGAACACAUGAACUCCACAACGGAAAGUAAACAGAAAGGGGGAGACAACUCUCAGAAAGUGGAUAGAGUUACUUCCCAUGUUUCUGAGAAAAAGUCACACGAUGGUGGGCGGAGAGAAAGAGACAACAAUUUUGGUAGAGAGAGAAGAAAAGAAUACUAUGGAGGAAGAGACCGAGAUAAAUGGAGAAGAAGAAAUGAUGGAGAAGAGAAUCAGAGGGGUGGAUCAGGUAGGGAUCAGAGAGAUGGAAGAAGAUUUGAAGGUUAUCAGAGAAAUACUGACAGAGAGAGAAGGGAAAAGGGCAGGAACGACCAUUCAGAGGUGAAAAAGGAUGCUUUUGAUCAUUCUGAGAUGUUGAAUGAAGUUGAAAAUGUUGAAAAAAAUCAUUCUAAACCAACAAGAAAACGAUUUGUGAGGAAUGGGAAUAGGAAUUCAAAUAAUGCUAAUGAAAUGGACAGUGUUGUGAACAAUGGUGAAAUCCCCUUGGGUAAAGAAAGACCAAGUGAGGAUAUAGUAGUGUCCCCUGAAUCAGAAUCAGGGAUGGGAACACAAACUAAAACUGAAAGAAGAGGUCAAAACUACAAGGACAGAACUAGGAUGGAAAAUGGGGAGUACAGGAAGAGUAGUCCGAGAGAUUGGAGCAGGGAGGCAGGGGAUGGGUUCGGCAGGAGCCGACGACACCCUCAGGGCAGAGAUAAUGAUCACAGUGAAAACUGGGAGGAGGAAAGGACUGAUCUAGGUGGUUCAGCUACAAGAGGGAAACAAGAGUCUGAUCGUGAAGAAUCCUUUAAGAAUGAAAGUCAGGAGAGAGGUCAUGCUGAGAGUGGUGAAAGGAUUUAUAAAUCUUCUCAUUCUGAGAGCCGGAACCACGAAGGGACUGAUGUGGAGAAAAGUGAUGGCAAGGCCCCUAGGAGUCAACAGAGGAAGGACCAUAGAAGGAGAGAUGGUCCAAGACAAGACGGUCAGAGGAGAGAAGAGUUUGAAGAAGAACAGACAUAUAGUAAUAGAAGUUAUGGGAAGGCAAACUGGAGAGGUGAUAGAUAUUAUAGUAGCAAACCUUCCCAAGGUAGGAACUGGACUCGAGGUAAGGCUGAUUCCGAUGGGCAGGGUCAAGGACAUCUAAAACAGAAAGGUCAGGGGUCAUCCACCACAGAAAACUGGGACGACGAAAGAAUACAUGUUCCUAAAUCUGCAAAUCAUGAUUACAAAGGUUCUAAAGCUGGUACAACUUUUUCAAGAGGUCGAGGUCAAGGUCGAGGAGGUCAUUCAAGGUCAGGUCGAGGGAGAGCUAGAGCAAAAGAUGAAGAAAAUGAUGGCAACAAAGGAAUGAAUGUAUACAAUGAAUUUAAAAAAGACAGGAGAUACGACAGAAGGUACGAAAGAAAAGAAUUUCCUCGUACUAAGGAUUAUCAUGAAAAUUCUGAAUCUUCAAAAGAAAACAGUAACCCUCCAAAUCUUGAAAACAUGUCCAAGGUACAGGGCCCACCUCCAGGCAUUAAUUCACCACCAGGUAUACAUAUAAAGGGCCCCCCGCCCGGUUUCAAUGCUAGUUCCGAUAAUGCAAAAGUAUCUAGUGAACAGACCUCUCCUAUCAAACCCCCCCCUGGCUUCGAUUUCAGAUAACGCACCCUGUAUUUAGUUUCUGUCAGGAACAUAUCAGUAUGUGUUGCAUUUAGUUGGUUCUUGAUAUUUUGUUACUUAUUGCAAGAGUUUUGUCUAUUGCUCUUAAAUAUUAUCUCCAAUAUGUUUAGGUAUAAGGUUGUCGGUCGGGUACUUGUUCUACAAAGCCUCAAACAUUAAUGGUGUUAGCAUCAUAUGUAUUGCAUUUGUUGUUACUUCAAAUGUUGUAAAUGUUAAUCAAAUUAUAUUAUCAUAGAUUGGAGUAUGAUAAGAGCAAACUAAUCCCAUGAGUCUUUCAUUAUAGCAAUCUCUUCAAGAUCAGAUCCUAGUUCUCGCUACUGCUAAACAAAGAUCUGAGGGUCACGUCAGAACGACCUUGAGAACUUUGACUGACCAAUGAAAUGAACAAGAAGUUGAUAUUAGCCAGUCAGAAAGCAGACUGGUUUCAAAUCCCUUUUCUGAUCUGGCAAGUGAUUGGUUGGAUGAAAGGUCCUUCUGAUGUGACCUGUAAUGGGAUGUCCUCAGAUCUUUGUUUAGCAGUAGCAAGAACUAAGAUCUAAUAUUAACGAGAUUGUCAUUUUAGUUACAUGUAGUGAUCAGUAAAAUUUCAGUUCUUUGUCACACGUUUGAUAUCCAUGGCAUUUAUAUUGUAUUCAUUAUAUAUUGCAGGCCUCAAAGUUUACAUUUUUACCAAGUAGCCAUAUGGCUACAAGUAUUUUUUCCAGGUAGCCAGUGUUAAAAUCAAGAAGUCAAGCCAAUAUUGUAGGUAGCCAAAAGCAUUUGAUCAAAUAACUAUUACAAUAUGUACAAGUUACUGCACUAGUCAUGGAAUUGUAUAUUAAUUGAAACUGUACUUGAUUUUUGUUGCUUUUGACUCGAAGAAUGAUUCAAUUUAUGAUACUAGAUUAGUUUUUGUCACAACUUUGAGGCCUGUAUUGAAUUCGAUAUUAAUGACAAGUUCCCUUGUUCUAUUGCAUUUAUUCUUGUCUGCACCAGCUGAUUCAGUAUAUGAUAUCAGGAUAUCAAUAGUAUAAUAAUGUCAGCGCUUUCAGAGAGCUGUGGAGAGUUCCUGAAACCAGUUUGUAUUUACAAGGUAAAUUAACCUGGCACCAUGAAAUUUCUUUUGGUUAACAACUUCUUUAUUGUUUGUAAGCCUUAUCAGGGCGACUUCUUGCGCCUAUAUCAGGGAUGAAGGGUCAAGAAGUGCUUUAGUGCUUUUAGUUUUAUUCUGGAAAAUCUCUGAAACACAUUAAACUUGUGUAUAGUUUUAAUAGCAAAUUGUUUUUUCAAGUUUCUAAACCUUCAGGGUACAUAUUACGACGAAUAUGGUAAGUUUACUGGACCUUUGGUGUGGUAAUGAAGGGACACAACUCUGCACUCUGAAGAAGCUAAGGGACACAACUCUGCACACUGAAGAAGCCCUCCUCUCUUGGUUUUUAAACUGUUGAGUAAAGUGUAAGGUAACAAAGGUAACACUACAAUAUUUUCCAGUUUAGUCAAGUUUUCCAAAAGGCUUUAUUUGAUAUUUCUAUAUUUUUUAAACAUUUUGUUAAUUUGUCAUUUCACAUUGUAUACUACUCAAAAGAAGAUAAGGAACACCCAAUUCUUUCAUGUCACUGUAUUUAAUCUGUCAUAAUCUGUUGAAAUGACUCUGUUGAUUCACAUUAGUAAUACGAAAGAAGUGGGGGUCUGUACCUUCUUUUAAAUAGCAUGUUAGGGAAUAUCUGUUUGAUUUGUCUAAUUGUUGGUAUUUUACAUACUUUGAAAAUGUUUUGGUAAUGUUUGUUAGUUAUUUGGAAACGUUCAUAAGUAGUGUAAUGCAUUAAAAUAUUCCUGCUCUCCCAGUAGGAUCACACAGGUAUUAUGUAUAUAGCGUAUUAGUUCCACAGUCUAAAUUUUUUUAUCAUCUACGUACAUGAAAGUAUCGUCUACGUAGAAGAUACUUAAAUCUACGUAGAUGAUACUUACACUUACGUAGAUGAUACUAUAAUCUAUGUAGAUGAUGCUUCCAUCUAUGUAGAAGAUUCUUUCAUCUAGGUAUCAAUAUUGUCUCGAGUAAUCGACACUAGUUCCGGGUCAGUUAUAUAUAACCACUGGCUUAAUUAAUAAUGACCGAUUUGUUUGACUUGACAUGUCUUUACUAAGGUAUUAUCUAAACAUUGUAUAAAGUAAAUCUUAUUUCAAUAUGUGGAAUUUACUGGAGAAUGACACACCCAUACUCUCUUACAACCGUAAUAAAGAGAGGAGAGCACAAAACGUUAUCCAAACUACAAACAAAUAAACUGCUAUAGAUCAUUAUUCAAAAUUUUAGCGAAAUCACAUAUCAACCAAAACAUGGUUAAAGCCGGAGGAAUAUGUUGAUCCUCAUGAUUUCUCCAUGACGGAAAUUAGGUUUAAGAGGUAAAACGUGAAUAUGAAGGGGUUAGAAUCAUUCAAACUAUAAACCUAUAUCAAAGCGAUACUCGUCAUCAUCCUAUAUACAGUGAUCGCUCGCUAUUGCGCUACCAAUGGGGUCCAAAUAAUUGGUGGGCGUUAUAGACGAUGAGCCGUUUAACCGAGGCCGAGGCGGGGGAGCGCGCUCGGCAAAUCUCA